AUGCCAGAAAACAAGAAUCUUGUUCAGUGUUAUAAUCGUGGUUGCGGACAAUUAUUUGAUCCUAGUGAUAAUUCCAAAGAUGACUGCCUUCACCAUCCUGGAUCACCAAUAUUCCACGAUGCUUACAAAGGAUGGUCAUGUUGUAAUAAAAAGAGUGUUGAUUUCACUGAAUUCCUGAAUAUCAAGGGUUGCACUCGCUCAAAUCACUCCAAUGAGAGACCGCCGGAACCCGAGAAAAAGGCUCUUGAUAAAGAGUUAGAAAACAAAGAAGUGAUAGUAGUUAGAGCACCGGUGGUAGGUCCUCAACUACCUCGACCUCCAUUUGAAACCCCUAUGGUGACUUUGAAGCCAACAGUUGCCGACUCACUUAAACAAGCUGUUCAAAACUCAUCACAUCAAACCGCAGCUAUUGAUGAGAGUAAAAUUGCCAUUGGAACCACUUGCAAAAAUGGAGGAUGUAGUGCUACAUAUGAAGGUCAUCAUUCAAAUGAUGACAUUUGCACCUACCACCCUGGCUCUCCUGUGUUUCAUGAGGGACUGAAAUUCUGGUCUUGUUGCCAAAAAAAAACCACAGAUUUUAACACUUUCCUCAGCCAACCAGGUUGUACAACUGGCACACAUAAAUGGUUUAAAGAGGCUACACCUGCUGGUACUGUAAAAUGCCGUUGGGACUGGCAUCAAACAUCUGAAUUUAUAAUUGUUAGUGUAUAUGCCAAGAAGUAUGAUCCUACACAAAGUUUUGUUAAAUUAAACCCUAUACGUUUAAAUACAAAGCUAGUAUUCAGAGAACAAGGUGAUGCUGCAUUUGAAUUGGAUUUAGAACUGAGAGGUGUGGUCAAUAUUGAAAGAAGUAGUGUAUCAAUGUUAUCAACGAAAAUAGAAGUUAAGUUAAAAAAAGCUGAACCUGGGGCAUGGAGUAAAUUAGACUUCCCUCGGACAGAACCUAAAAAGGAGGUAGCAAAACAACAAGAAAUCCCAACACCAUCAGAAGAUGAUUAUGAAGAUCUGUCAACUGUAGAAGCAAUUGGAAAAGUAAAUGUUACAGGCUGA